UUUACCCUUCAUCACCCGCCACUACAAAAGUAGAGACCCACUUCCAAGUUCUAAUCUUUUCCCUUCUCUCUUAACUCAGAAAGUACCAUAGUUGAAGAAAGUUCUCUUUUUUGGUUCUUCUGAGUUGCUUUGAUAUUUAAUCAAUAGCCCAUCAUAAGAGAUAUCAAACCCCAAACCAAAGGCACAGCAACAAGAAUCAUCAUGGGAGGUCUUAAUGAAGAAGAAGGUGCUGUGGGAGAAAAGGAAGAAGAAAACAAGUGGCCUCCAUGGUUGCAGCCACUUCUCAACACAAGCUUCUUUGUUCAGUGCAAAGUCCACGCAGAUUCCCACAAGAGUGAAUGCAAUAUGUAUUGCUUGGAUUGUAUGAAUGGAGCCCUUUGUUCUGCUUGUCUCUUUUCCCAUAAAGAACACAGGACAAUUCAGAUAAGGAGGUCUUCAUACCAUGAUGUGAUAAGGGUGUCUGAGAUACAGAAAUUCAUGGACAUAACAGGGGUCCAAACUUACAUUAUAAACAGUGCCAAGAUUGUGUUCUUGAAUGAAAGGCCUCAACCUAGGCCUGGAAAAGGGGUCACCAAUACCUGCCAAGUCUGUGAGCGCAGCCUCCUUGAUUCCUUCAGCUUCUGCUCUCUUGGUUGUAAGAUUGUUGGAACCUCCAAGAAGUUACGGAAGAAGAAAAUGUUAGGUGAGACAGAAGGGUCCGAUGGUGAAGAAUCAAUGAAUGGGAUUAGCAAUGGAAGUGCCAGAAACAAAAUUCAUAGCUUUUCACCUUCAACGCCACCGCCAACAGUGGUGAAUUACAGAACUGCUAAGAGGAGGAAAGGAAUUCCACAUAGAUCUCCAAUGGGUGGAGGGCUUAUUAUAGAAUACUAAUGUUAUAUAAGUGGUUUAAGGUCACUUAUACCAAUCAAUAUUUAUACCCAAAAAAGAUACUGCAGUUGUUGCCACUUCCUUAAGUGGUGUCCUCAGAAAAUAUGCUUUAUACUUUAUAUAGUUGCAAUACCUGAGCCCUUGCACACUGAGGCCGGUGUUGGGAACUACUGCUCUAUCUUGUAUAGGACAAAAAAAAAAAAGAAAAAAGAGGAAGAAAAGAAAAGAAAAAUGUAUAUGUUAAAAAGAAAAUAAUAAUAUAAUAUAGAGUGGGGAGUACUUUAUGUUAGUGUGAAAAUGGCAUUCAAGUGUUGGUAUGUGAUGCCAAAUGUACAUAGUGGUUUGUAGAAAGGAACUGUAUAGCAUCAACUUAAACAAUAAAAAGUUAUGAUGAGUAUUAAUUAUAUUCCCUUGGUUUGGUUGGUAUAUGACCAUUGUCUUUCUCCUUUCAAAGGUGAAAGUAUAUGUCUUUGGUUGGUGGACGAGUGGUUU